GUUUCAGCAGCCCUAGAACCAAAUACACGUGUGUAAGCUAUUAAAAAUGAGUGAUGCUGAGUCUUCAGAUGGCAUGGAGGAGUUGCAAGAGCUCAUGGCGCUGUAUGCCGACAAGGACGGCAAGCAAGAAAAAAAGGUGCCAAGAAUAAAAAGAGAAGAGCUCACGUAUGUUGAGGUACCUAUGGAGAAGGUUGUCUUUGGCGAUAAGGAAACGUUUCUAACAAAUCUGGCCAAAUCAGUGGGACACAAGCGACCCAAGGCGUCAGAAGCAACUGGUGCUGACAAUGAGGAAAGCGGUGAUGAAACGCAAGGAGCUGAAAAGAAACGUAAAGCUGCUUGGGAGGACUCGGAUGAUGAGGAUAUUGAAGUGGGCGAUGUAAAGAAAGAAACAAGACACACAGGACCCUUGACACAUUUACGCAAGGACAAAUCCUACAAGGCAUAUCUAACGUCACGCUUUGAACGCACUACAAAGCAACCCAAGUGGGCAUCACUGGAUAAAAAGGCAGAGCAAGCAGGCUCAGACUCUGAGGAUGAAGAGCUGUUGAGGACUGUAGGCUUUAUAGAUUAUAAGGCAAAGGCGCGGGAUCUGCAACCUAAGAACUUAAACUUCAAACGCGUGCGAGAUCUAAACAGAGCCACAUAUAGUGAAGGAAUAGUGACAAGCAUUCAGUUUCAUCCCACCAGCACAGCAGCCUUAGUCUCCGGGGCGAACGGCAUUGCAACUAUAUACACAGUGGAUGGCCAGAAGAACGAGAAGCUUCACAACAUGAACUUCAAAAAGUUUCCACUGUUCUGCACACGGCUCACACCCGACGGCACCAAAGCGUUCUUUGGCUCUAAAAAUCGUUUUUACUAUGCCUAUGAUCUGCUGGAGGCCAAGGAGACCAAACGCAAACUGCCUGACAGCAUCAAAACGAUGCACAUGUUUGAGCUUUCGCCUUGUGGAAAGUAUAUUGCUUCAGCUGGACAUUUUGGUGCCUUGCAUUUGAUUGACGCCAACACCAACGAGCUGCUGCACACCUUUAAGCAAGAGGGUACGGUAUGCGGCAUGUGCUUCACAGCCGACUCAGAGCGUCUGUUCGUCAGCGGCGCCAGCUGCAAUAUCAAUGUGAUGUCAGUGCGGCAGCAGCGCAUAGAGCAUAGCUUCAUUGAUGAAGGCUGCGUCAACAGUAGGGUGGUGCAGCUGGCGCCAAAUCAGCGUCUGCUAGCCACUGGCAGCAAGGAAGGCGUUGUUAAUGUCUAUAAUUAUGAGAGUAUCUUCAAAUCCAAAACACCGCAGCCGGAGAAAUGUUUCAUGAACUUGCGCACGGGCAUAGCCAACUUGGAAUUCAAUCACACCUCAGAGCUGCUAGCGAUGUCUUCAAGGCAGGUGCCCAAUGCUGUCAAGCUGGCGCAUUUUCCUAGCGCAACGGUCUAUUCCAAUUUUCCCGGUCAACAGGAAAAUGUGGGCUUUGUUAAUACGUUAUCCUUCUCGCCCAAUAGCGGCUUUCUGGCAUUGGGCGGCAAGGCCAAGGUGCCACUAUUUAGGGUUAAGCAUUUCAAACAUUAUUAAUGACCUUUUUGUAUAAAUAUACAACUACAAUAGAAUGA